AGUGGAAACAACAGCAAGUGCAUACGCUCCUUAAAAUUGUCACCUUUAAUAAUGGAACAUCCAGAUAAUAUGUAAUACUAUUACACAAAACAGAGAAGAAUCAGCAACGCAACCGUGCGCUUUCUGUCGUACUUUCCAGCGAUGGAGUCUAACCAUACAGAAGUGAAGAUGAAUCGUACCGGCAACAUCUCAGACUGCAGCUCUAAUUCAAUGCACAUCUCUGUGCCCUGUUCACUCAUAGCCAUCCUUGUGGCAGGAUGCAUUCUCAACAGCGUUAGUCUCUGGAUAUUUUUCUUUCGAAUCAAGAAAUGGAAAACAGGGGUUAUCCUACAGUUUAACCUGGCUCUAACAGAUGCAAUAAUGAUGCCAGCAGCUCCUUUCAUGAUUGUUUAUUUCAUGCUAGAUGGCCACUGGCCUUUCCCACAAAUCUUUUGCCAGCUCAAAGUUUUCCUAAUGAGUACCCACCUGUAUGGAAGCAUAUACUUCCUAAUGCUCAUUAGCAUGCACAGAUAUGUUGUUGUAGUCCGUUACAAGAAAAAGUCGAUACUGAAGGACCCUGUAGCCAUCAAGAGGAUUUGCAUUGUAGUCUGGACAGUCCUCUUUGUUCAGGGUCUCCCCCUGUUCAUCUUCCUUAAAACAUCUAUGAUUAAUAACAGUAUAAAAUGCCUUAACAUCCACCAGAAUGAAAUGACCACAUUGUUUUUCAUAUAUAAUACUCUAUUUCUGCUUCCCAGCUUUUUGUUUCCAUUUCUUGUUUCGCUAGUCUGUUACAGUAUACUGGGAUGCUUUAUUUGCAAGAAGAAACCUGUUAAAGACAAAGCAGUGCAUACAAAGUCUCUACAAAUGAUAACCGUCUCCCUUAUUAUUUUCCUAAUCUGUUUUGCACCUUUGAGUAUUACACGAACUGUUGGUGUCGUCAUAAAGAUGUGGUUCCCUUCUUUUUGUGAAGUACUGUUGAAAGUAGAGAUGGGCUAUUAUAUCUCCUGGACACUGACUGCAGCAAACUGCUGCCUCGAUCCAAUUCUCUACUGCUUUGCUUCAGAAACAUUUAGUGCACAGUUCAGAACCUCACUUAAAAAUAUAAAGAAAAGAAGAAAAAAGUGAUGUCAAAAAAAAAAACAAAUACACUCCAUUUUUUUCAAAUGAAGCUAAAGUACAAUUAAGUGAAUAUUUUACUGCAUUGUUUUUGAGAGGUUUUGUCUGUUUUGUCAACAAUAAAUGUAUUCUCUGCCAGAAGUAAGGUAAAAAAAAACCUCUGGGCAAUACCCAAUGGCCCACUUUUCCAACAGUGCUACGUUUCCUAAUGGCUUCUUAAUUUUGUGCACAUUUAUCAUAUACACUGCUAGCAUCUGAAAAUGAAAUCACAAGUCUUAAUGGUAGAUAUUUUCUGUUUCUUACUGCCUUUUAUGAAAGUAGAACAUAGUGUUGAAACAUUUUUUAAAUGUUUUAUGUCACUAAUAAAAGACUGUACAAAUUCUAAUUACUGAGAGGGUGUAAGUAAGGCACCUAACCAAAUGUGAAGUGGUCCUACUACCAGAAAACGCUUUUAAGCCGUCACAUGAUUAUCAGGCAUUUUAUUAUUGUGCUUAUUAAAUGAAUAAAGAGUAUGGUAAUGAAGGAUGAAUAUGAGAUACAGCAGUGUCCUUGCAUUUACAAGUUUUCUACACAGAGUAUAUUUCUUACUCAAUUAUAUUCUUGUGGUGUUCUGUUUCAUAAUUGCCUUAUACAUUACACAUUUGUUUAUAUGCUGCUCUGUAUAAAACUGGACUUAUAUCUUUUUAUUAUUUGAAAACAAAAAAAGGUAUGCUUGACAGUUGAAAACGUAAUAAAAGUU